AUGUCUUCAAACGCCAGCGCCGGACUUGCAGCUCUCUUACUGCACGUCGAAGCAGCUCUCUUGGCUUUGAACCAGUUUGCUACGGAGACAAACGACGACGUCCGGCGACCACUCUUCCUUCGUCGCAAUCGCUACGUGGAGCUUCUGACGUCGGUCAUCAAGGCCCCGUUUUCUUCCUACGGCGGUCCGUACUCGAUCGACUACCUGUGCUCGUUCAACUUUGCGUCGCACUCGCUCUUUGACCGUAUGCAGAGCAACCUUUCGACGACGUUGGACGGCCUCGAUGAUGAAGACGAUGACGGCACCAACGACCACCGCGGGCGUCAAGGCAAGGUCGCCGUGUCGCUGCCGGCCGCUUAUCAGUUGAGUGACGACUCGAUGCAAACGCUGAACCGCAUCAUUUGUACGGUCAACAUGCUCAUGUUCCGCAUCUUUUCGCGGGUCAAGACGUGGGAUGAUGCAUCGGCGUGCCGGGACGCGAUGCCAGUGCUGAUGGAGCUGCUCGGGCAUGGCUUCAAGGCAUCGGUCCCGCUCUCGUUCCUCAUUCAAGAAAAGUGGCACGUGUCCGAGUCUGUCGCGUCCUACUCGCACACGCUCCGGAGCUUUAUUGACCUCAUCAAGACGCGCGGCAAGUCGAUUCGGUAUCUUCAGUUUCUCGUCGUGCUCUGCAGCGCCAACGGCCACGCCAUUGCCAAGAUUCAAGAAAAGCUCUGCGAGCUUCUCUUCGACACGGAAGACAGCGCAGCCCUCUUGAUCCCGACGCAGCCCGCAUCCCGCGGGUUUGAGAUCAGUAUCCCCGCCAAACCCUCUGGCGUGCGUUUAGUCAACCUCGACGUCUUCUACAACGAGUACUAUGACAGCAAGCGCCAUACGACGUUGGCGCCGUACUACUAUGGCCUGCUGCAGCUCUACUGUGCGCUGUGCAUGGACCGCAACUAUGUGUGCAUUCAGCGUCUCCGAGCAAUCUUUCCCCGCGCCAACUUGCUCCAAACGGUCCAGGAUGCAGGGUUGUCACGGUCCAUGCGCGCCGUCUUGCUCAACUUGCUCGUCGUGCUUCACGUCGACUGCGAGCCGCAGACCGUGCUGCCGAGUCCGCGCUACACACGCAUUUGGAAGAACGCAGUCGUCGAGGUUCCAUCGACGGCUCUUCACGGAGCAGACGCCACAUUUUUUGGCGACCUCAAGAUAGAGCUUUUGCGCUACUUCAAGAAGCACCACGGCGUCAUCGUCAUUGCCGAGUACCCGCAGAACGAGCUCACGCUCGCGAUGGUCCGGACAACCCAAAAACUUGUGGCGUUUGGCAUGUUUAGCAGCGAUCUGCGCCACUUGGUGCCUCUCCUUGUCGACCUCUUGGACAGUCGGACCGACUUGGUCGAGGCUCAUCGACCCACCGCGAGCACGACACCACCCGAGUACUCGGUCCCAUUUUUCGAGAACAGCGUCCAGCGGCAAAAACACCCCGCAUACCGCCAGUACAGCGUGCACGACACCGAGGUUCAGCCGAUGCUUCCCGUGCAAGAGCCGUUGUCAUCUCGUGACGUCCAGACGUCACGGUCCGGGUGGCAAGCAGCCUACACGAAAGCAAAGAAAGAGCUUCAUCGCUUCUCCGCACUUAGCGCAAAGUCGUCUUCGUCGUCGCUCCGACGACUUCCCGACUCGAAGUACACGAUGAGCGAGUGGAACAAGGUUGUCAUGGACAUCAAGGAGAGCAUCUGCACAACUUUGUUGUGCAUCGACACGUUCCGACUCGACUAUCAACUUUCGAGCGUGCUCUACACGCUACACAGCACGUCCAAACGAUCUUCGACCUCGCCACUCACAUCGUCUUUGUGGGGGUCCAGCGGCAAGCGUGGAACGCCGUUGACGUCUGCGAUGCAAAACGACUCGCUCGAGUGCAUCUACUCUCUCCAUGUGCUUGCGGGGCGACGCCUUGACACGGUCUUGCUCCAAGCGCUCAUGUAUGAACACCCGCCGCUGGUCUCGAAAGCGCUCGAGCUCUACAUGCAGCAGUUCAACCAGCACGACCAGCUCAUCAAGGCGCUGUCAAGCACACUCGUCAUUGCCGACGACGCCACCGUCCAAAUGUAUGCGCGGUUGCAAGCCCAUGUCAAUGAUCUGCGUCGACUUGCCGAGACGACCGAAGUCUGGAUGGACUUGACGUCGGACGCCGACUUUUCAACCGCGAGCAAGGCGUGCGCGGCGCUCCGGGCGAUCCUCGACGCGUUCAACUCCAAGGAGUCGCAUCGUGCCGUCAUUCACCGUAUCUUGCGCAACAUCCAAGCGAUUGAUCACGUCGUGGCGAUGGUUUCAGCUGGGAGCCAUUUCUUUCAAGCACUCUUCCCCUCCAAACUACCGCGUGGUGCGAGCGGGUGCGGGCCCACGCAGCGGUACGGAUCCAGCAUGAACGUUCCCGAGACUGUGCUGGAAGAGAAGCAACGCAACACUCUUUACGCCGUUUACUCACACUGCACCGAGUUCCUCGGGCACAUUUGUCAACACCCGGAGAAUGCGUCGCUCAUGGACACACACGCAGACACGCUCUUGGAGUUUGCAGAAGCACUGCCGGCGGCCCAGGAUGCACUCUGUGGUCUUUACCUCGGAGGUCGCACCGAUGCAACCCCAAAGACGGUCGUUGCGUGGUUUGUGCGAUGGGCCGUCGCAUACAAGCCCGAAGGCGAAGCGCGGUAUCUCGAGUUCUUGAGGUCUUUAGCAACCCGACCGCGCGAUCGAGCGACGAUCCUUCAGCAGCUACAGCAAUACCCAAGCAUCUACAAUGACAUGUCCAGCGGUCGCCAUGUCAAGUACACCGCCGCCGUCUUGAACCUCCUCGCCGCUUGCGCGCCAACCGCCGAGGCCAAAGACGCAUGCCGUGUCGAGUUUCUGUCGCUCGACCAGUGGCUUGCAGUCUUGGAAGGCGGCCUUGCGACGCACGAAUGGGCACUGGGGCUUGCGUGCCUUCGCUACUUCAAGGACGUUAUUUUGGCACAAGACGACGUCUUUGAUGGUGUCCCAGCGUCGUUGCACCUACGCAUUUUGCAGCGUGUGAGUGAACUGACGGCCAAAUGUAUCCGAUUGGAUCUUCUCGCGCUCCAGCAGGUCGAUCUACAGCUGGCGGCACCCACGGCGACGCGGUACACCCUCGACGCGAUCAUGCUCGUUCUUGUGCCUGCACUGGAUGCAUACCUCCCACGCAUCAUGGGCAUUGUCAAGCCAAGUGCCGACGAGUGGCGCGAGUGGCUCGCCGGAUGGUAUAUCUGGCUCUUUGGCGCGUGGGUUCCGACGGAUGCCCGGAGCAAGGACGAGCUGCACAGCUGCCUUCAGUACAUUGAAGUGCUAUGGGCGACAGAGUUUCUCGGCGAUCUCUGGUGCGAUGUCUCGGAGCGCAGUGAACGCCCUCGACUGGACGCGGGACUUGGUGGACUCCGAAGCAAUGCACCAUUUGUGCUCGAUCUGGACAGUACUGCUUUUGCGGACCUCUUGGUCGAAGUCCAAGCGUAUCAUGCGUACUUGAAGCAGCAUCCAAAGCCAGUUACGGCUGCUGCGGCUUCUCCACGUCGGCUCUCAGCGUCGCACGUGCCAUGGGCGCCGGCGCUCCACGACAUUGUCACUGCAACGGACGUGUCGGAGAAGCUGCCAUCGCUCAACAUUGCGUCACUUGAAGCCAAAACGUCUUGGGUGCGCAAGAUUCAGGCCAAGUACGGAUGGGAGCUCGAAAUGACUGACGGCGUGGCCCAUGGUCACGCUCUGGGAUCGAAGAGCAGUGCGUACGGCAUGCCCAGGGGAAGCGAUGGUGCCGACGAAGAUAGCGCGAUCGUGCAAGACUUUGUCUUGUACCUGCGAAGUCACCGUCGCAUCAAGAUCACAGUGCGUGACGAGCUCAGCCACAUGAUGCGCGACAUCGUCUCCGUGCAGGUGCAACUUAAAGUGGAGCACCAAACGAACCCGAUGCUACCGCUCAUUGCGCUCACGUUUGACGACAUUGUGGCCAAGCUGGUGUGCCACUUCAAGAUGCUCAAGUACCCCACGCACAUCAAGAUGUCGCUGACGCUGCUCGAGGUCUUUAUCCAAAUGAUCACGUCGGUCGAUACAUCGGAGCACCGAAACGCGAUGCAAGUCAAGCUCGACACGCUCGGCGCUACGGAGCUCGUCGUCGACCUUGUCAGCAGCACGGAGGACCAAAUCGUGUUGGACAAGUCGAUCGAACUCGGCAUCGCGCUCCUCAACGGCAUGAACGCCAAGGUCCAAGAACACUUCUACGCAAUUUGGAUUGAGAGCACGAACGCCGCUUUUUUUCAGCGGCUUCAAAGCCGUCUUGAGGCAGCGAUGACGCACGACAACACAGCGCGCGAGCUUCCCUUGACACCGAGACGCCCGAAGAGUCCACUGAAAGCACCGAGCCAUGAAGGCAUGUCCAAGUACGAGGCGAUCACGCGGCUGCUUCGGUUCCUCCAGUUGCUCUGCGAAGGCCACUACCUCGACACCCAACGCUACUUGAUCGCACAGCGAACGUCAUCGCACAACUUGGUAUCUACGACAGUCGCAUACCUCAUGGACGUCUCGGGAGCUCUCUCGGCCGAGACGUUGGCGGUACACAAGCAAGUCUUUGACACGAUCACCGAGUGUUGCCAGGGUCCGUGUCACGAAGCUCAAGAAACAGUCGCUACUUACGCCUUUGUGUCGACAGUCAACGAACUCAUGCUCUUUUCGUCAAAGUCAGCGCAACGCCUGUCGGAUGCGUCGCUCGUGCUGUUUCGCGAUCUAAAGGCGUCGAUCGUCAUUGCGCUUUCGAGUCUUUUGGAAGGUCGCCACGACCGCCAGAUUCACGACCGCCUCAUCCAAGAACUCAACUUUGAUGCGCUCAAAGACAACGUCGUCGACGCCUACCAUUACUUUGAGCACCGUUACAGCCGCUGCAGCCACGAUGCGUACCUUGGCAUGGGCUUCAACCUGCACAUUCUGAUGCAGCAGCUCAUCGAGCACCAGCCGUCGAUCGCAGAAGCGCUGCAGCCCCGCAAGGUCAUCAAGCACAAGAGCGUCAAGGACAUGUCCUACGAGAAGGCCUAUCGCUUUUUCCACAAACGCUGCGCGCGCGUCGAGAUCGUAUGGCCCAUCGUCGGCGGAAGCGACGCGGUACCACCGCUCAUUGCCGUGCACUUUCCGAUCCACCCGAUUUGCGUGUGCGUCACCGACGCGACGCGCCAGCAGCUACUCCAAGACAUCUCGCGGGAUGCCAACAAGCUCUACGAUUUCUACGUCAAAACGCACUUGGUGCUCGAAGAGAUGCAGCACCAGUGCACGCUCCGGCAAAACCACUUGAAAGCCGUCCUCUCCAAGAACGCAUCGCAAAUCAAGCUGCUCACAUUUGUCUGGUCGCUGCUGCUGAACUUCAUCGUUUUGACCAACUAUGCGCUGGUGACGGUCUGGUAUUUCAUGGGCUGCAUCCACGUCUUGCUCACGGUCGUCCUCCUCUUCAUGUACUGGACCAACUCGGUGCCACUACUGCUCCAGAGACGGGCGACCCAGCACGCGUACGAAGACGCGCCUUCUCUGCGUGUGGACGACAAAAAGACUUUGCAAGACGUCGAGCGGCUCGUGCGAUGCGUCGGUAGCGACAUCAAGGUCCAACCUCUCUCGCGGCUCGAGACGGUCUACGUGAUUUUGACCGACGGUCGCUUGUUGUAUCGCGGUCUGCUCGUAUGCGUUGCGAUCGCUGGUGUCUUGAUCGAGCCGCUCUUCUUUUCAUUCCACCUCGUCGACUUUAUCAACCGGUCGCAGGAGCUUCGGGAUGUCUUGCGGGCGGUCGUCGUCCCUGGCAAGACGCUGCUGCACAUCGUCGUCUUUUACCUGCUCCUCGUCUACGUGUUUGCCGUGAUUGCGUACACGUACUUUCCCGGGGACUUCAAGGUCGACGCCAGUACGAACGGCUGCGAAACGGUGUGGGAGUGCUUCCUCACGACGCUGGACCAAGGCUUCAAGAACAACGGCGGCCUCGGAGCGUACCUUCCAAGUCAUCGCCGCGGCAGCGACUCGCUCGGCUACAUCCGAUUCUUUUACGACCUCGCGUACAACAUCGUCUUGAUCAUCGUGCUCAUCAACCUCACGUUCGGUGUCAUCAUCGACACGUUUGCGUCACUGCGCACGUCGCACAAGGAGCAACUCGACGAGAACCGCGACCGGUGCUUUGUGUGCUCGAUCGACGGGUACACGUUCAAUCGACUGACACGCCGCGGCUUUGAGCACCACACGACGACCGAGCACAACGUGUGGCACUACAUCUAUCUAUUUGCCCACAUUCGCAAGAAACCUUUCACCGAGUACAACGGCGUUGAGCUCUAUUUGGCGCUCAAGAUGGCGCGCGGCGACGUCUCUUUUUUCCCCAGUCACCGCGCGCUCUCGCUCGAGAAGCUUGCGACACCAACGCCGACGCCCAGCCACGACUCGAUGCACGACGCUUUGCUGCGCGUCGAGGCCCAGCUUGCUCGACUGCUUCAAGCCCACGCCACGCUCGACGCCAAAUGCGACGCGACAGCGCGCCGCCUCGACGAGUGGAUGACCAAGCCAGUCUCGCCCAAGACCCACCCGACGCCUGCGACGACCAUCUUUUUCCCCGAGACCGAUCAGAGCGACACGCCGUGUUCCCACGUAGGAUGACCCCAUGCAUGUUAACAAAAAUCGUAGUGAGAGGCAACAAAAC